AUGCAAAUCGUCACUUCAACCAUCUUUGUCACCCUCCUCGGUGUUGCCACCGCUUUCCCCGGCCUUACUCCUCGCCAGAACUUAAAGAAUGGAAUUCUCAUCUGCCCCAAUGCUGAGGCAACCUUCGCCGACCCGAAAGUCAGCAUGGGUGCCGUUUGCACCCGCACUUACAGCUGCCAAUACGGCAGUGAUGGUAUCAAGAGCGGCAAUAUCUGGACCAACUCCUGCACUGGCUGCCCUCCAGACCAGAACGUGAACUCUUUCGGCAACUGCGUUUUUCAGUACGUUUGA